CUCUAGUCUCUCCUACACUCCUCUCAUAUUCUCCCUCUAUACAUACUCAACCCCUGUAUACUUCAUGCCACCACUCACUUGUCUCUCUAACCCUGUACUAUUACAACCCACAACCUAGCUCCAUAUCUUGUUUUCUCUCUCCUUCUCUUUCAAACAUUCACAUAUCACUUCUGUUUGUUUGUAUCAGUUGAAAAUCAAUGGCUAUUUCUGGGUUUGAAGGUUUUGAGAAGAGGCUUGAGCUGAACUUCUCCGGCGAUGAUCCGGUGAUCGGAAUAGGCCUCCGGCAGCUGGACUUCGAGUCACUGGAGGAAGUACUCCAUGCAGUGCAAUGCACCGUUGUGUCAGCUGUGGGUAACCAAUACUUCGACUCUUACGUACUAUCAGAAUCAAGUCUCUUUGUGUACCCCACCAAGAUCAUCAUCAAGACAUGUGGGACCACCCAACUUUUGAAAUCUAUCCGUCCAUUGAUACUCCUUGCAUGUGAUCAUCUGGGUCUCUCUCUAUGCGGGUGUAGAUACACCAGAGGGAGCUUUAUCUUCCCUAAAGCUCAACCCUAUCCACAUACAAGCUUUAGAGAAGAGGUCAUCUUCUUAGAAGAGAACCUUCCAAGCCAUGUUUGUUACAGAAAGGCCUCUGUUAUGCCUUCAAGCUCGUCCCACCACUUAUGGCAUGUGUUCUCGGCUUCUGAUGAGUCUCACAUGGCGGUACAACACAGUCCUGAUGAUAUGUUAUUCACCAUAGAAGUCUGCAUGACGGAGCUUGAUCGUGUGCUUGCUAGGAAGUUUUUCCGGCGUCUGGACGACGGAAAAAAUGGCGACACUGCCGGAAAAGAGAUGACGGAGAUAACGGGUAUCAAUAAUAUCAAUUCAAACGCUACUAUCUGUGACUUUGCAUUUGAUCCAUGUGGAUAUUCAAUGAAUGGUAUUGACGGUGAUCGGUACUCCACAAUUCAUGUAACGCCAGAGGAUGGGUUCAGCUACGCCAGCUUUGAAUGUGUUGGGUAUGUCUACGAUGACCAUGAUGAUAUAGUCGAGGUUUUGAAGAAGGUGGUUAAAGUUUUCCGGCCGGCGACAAUGUCGGUGUCUACAACGUGCAUCAGCAGUGAAGUAUUGAAUCGUGUCACAAAAAUGAUCCAGCCACAAGGAAUGAAAUGCCGGAGUUGCACAAUGGAUGAUUUUCCAGCCGCCAGAAGCGUGGCGUUUCAAACGUUUACGAGUCGCCGGAAAUAGGGUGGAAGUGGUGGUAGAUAUGUGGGGUGAAGAGUUAGGGAUGAGGGAUGGUGUGUGGGUUGAUCAUG